AUGGAAUUUCUGCUGCAUAUCUGAAGUCUGCGGUCCAGACUACUUCUUCUCCGGAUUCUUUCACGACUUAAGGACGUAUCGCAGAUCAAAGCACUCCGCAGGAUGGAAUCGGAAUCAGCAGCGGCAAUCACGCCGCAAGGGCAAGCGCCCCAACCUGUGACCAUCGUCUGCGUCGGCAUGGCAGGAUCUGGCAAGACGACCUUCAUGCAAAGAAUUAAUGCCCAUCUACACGCCAAGAAAGAACCACCCUAUGUCAUCAACCUCGACCCGGCAGUCACUCAUGCGCCCUUUCAGAGCAAUAUCGACAUCCGUGAUUCGGUCAACUACAAGAAGGUGAUGGAAGAGUACAAUCUCGGGCCAAAUGGGGGGAUCAUGACAUCCCUCAACCUCUUCGCGACAAAAGUGGAUCAGGUGCUUGGAUUGCUCGAGAAGCGCGCAGCGCCAGACCCCCAGAACCCGAGCCGCAAACCGAUCAAGCAUAUCUUGGUCGACACCCCGGGGCAGAUUGAAGUCUUUGUGUGGUCUGCGUCAGGAAGCAUCUUGCUCGACUCGCUUGCCUCGUCGUUUCCCACAGUCAUCGCCUAUAUCAUUGACACGCCGCGGACCAGCUCCACCUCGACGUUCAUGAGCAACAUGCUCUAUGCCUGCAGCAUUCUCUACAAGACCAAGUUGCCCAUGAUCCUAGUGUUUAACAAGACCGACGCGAAGGAUGCGACAUUUGCCAAGGAGUGGAUGACUGACUACGAAGCUUUCCAGGCGGCUCUGAAUGAGGAUGAGAAUAACAAUGCCUUUGGCGGCCAAGAGGGAGGAGAAGGCGUGGGCAGUGGAUAUAUGGGCAGCUUGUUGAACAGUAUGAGCCUCAUGCUGGAAGAGUUUUACGCUCAUCUCAAUGUGGUCAGCGUGAGCUCGCUCUAUGGUACUGGUAUCGACGAGUUCUUCGAGGCCGUACAAGAGAAAGCCGAGGAAUUUAGACGGGACUAUCAGCCUGAGCGGGAUCGCGUGCGGGCCGAGCGGGAAGAGAACAAGAAGAAGCAGCGGGAGAAGGAACUCGAGAAGAUGAUGAAGGAUAUGUCAAUGGGCGGCACGACGUCAAAAACCGCAGUGGCAGAUAUCAAGCAGGACGACGACAUCGAUCCCGUUAGCCCGGAUGAGGACAGCGAGGACGAGGUUGAUGACGAGGAGGACCGCGAAGGCCUUCAAGCAAGAUACGAGGCGGCAAUGCUCCACCAGGAGGAGUCAACGGGGACAGAAGCGAGUUUCGCCAAGUAUCUCUAUUCACAGCGCGGAUAGAGCUGUCUGUAGCGGAGGGCUGGCACAUCAUGGUAGAGCACUUAGGGACUUGGGCCGAGGGGCUUCGGCAUGAAUAGCAUUUAUGGGCGUUUGGGCGUGAUACCAUAAUCAUUUCUUGGCUAUAGCAGAGACAAAAUCCGAGGCAGACCUCCCAUAAUCAUAUCUGAAUGUACCAAU